AUGGCUGAAUCCGCAACUGCUACCACCACUACCACCACUGCUACUACUCCUCCCGCUACGCUCACUCCUCCUGUCCUUCCAUCCCAUGUCAAGAAGCCCAAUGAAGAAGAACACAAAAAGGCACUCGCCGAAGUGAACGCGAGAAUCGACAAGCUCCAGAAACAAAUGGAUGCUGUCAAGGAAAAGAUCAGCAAGUUGCCGGGCAAAUCAGACAACACUCGUCGCGAGGAGCUUCGUGCACAACUCGCUGAAGUGCGUGAAAAGCAGGCAGAGAUCAAAAAGGGCAAGCAAGCUGUCUAUGAACAAUUGGAUGCCUUGAAUGAAUCGAUUCGCAAAAAGGUUGGCAACAUCAAGGGUCUUCAAUCCAAGGUACCUUACAAGACUGUUGCUGAAGUCGAUGAACGUAUCAGUGAAUUGGAGGGCAAGAUUGAAAGUGGUGUGAGAAUCGUGGAGGAAAAGAAGAUGUUGCAAGAAAUCUCUCUCUUGAAGCGCAACCGUAAUGCUGUCGAGGGAUUGGAUGAACAGCAAGAGGCCAUCAACAAGGAACGUGCCAUUUAUGAUGGUAUUCGCAAGAACAUUGAUACUGAGGAAGCCAAGAAGCUCAGCGAGCAAUUUGAAAAGGCCAUGGCCGAGCUCAAUAAGAUCAAUGCGGAUCAAGCACAACAACGUGAACAACGCAACAAGUUGUAUGAUGAGCGGACGCGUAUCAAGGGUCUUUUGGAUGAAGAAUACAACCAAUUGCGUUCCAUGCGUGAUGAGCAUCGUAAGGCCAACGACGAGUACUACACAUUCAUUCGUCAAUUGCGUGAAUACAAGCGAGAACAAGAGAAGGUGCGCAAGGCUCAAGAGGAAGAAGAAAAGCGUAAGGAGGCUGCCAAGCAGGAAUUGGAACUUGCCUCAUUGCCUGCUUUUGAGCAUGAAAUUACCUUGUGUGACAACCUUGGCAACUUUUUGCAAAGCUUUUUGAACAAGGGCGAGACCAAUGGCAAUGCUGCUACUGCUGCUGCAAACAAUGAAGAGGAUGCCAAGAAUGCUGCUGCAGGUGGUGGUGGUCGUACCAUUGAAGCUCCUGAUGGUGUUGCUCUCGUCAAGAAAUCCGAUCGUGAAGAGAACUACUUUGUUGGUGGUGGCAAAAAGAAGGGCAAGGGUGGCUCAAAGAAGAAUGCCAAUGCUGCAUCCAGUGGUGCUACGCCUGUCUCGGAUACGCUCAAGUUGCCCCUUGCUACCAUGGAAGGUUUCUUUGAAGUCAAGGUCACUGUUCCCACCAAGAUCUCGGAUAUCCCAUCGACUCUUGAAAAGUUGCAAGAACGUAAGGCGUACUAUUUGGCUGAACAACCCCGUGUCACUGAAGAGAACAAGAAGAAGGCCCAAGAAAAGAUCGAUGCCAUGUUGAAGGCAUAA